AUGUCGCCGGACCCCCUGUCGGAGCCGUGGCUAUCACUGCCCUCCCGGCAGCAUGUGAGCCACCAGAUGAAGUACAUCGAUGCAAGCUUCCAUCUCUUCCACGAGUUGGUGAAGCGUACAGACUCCCUGGUCGCCGGCGACGUCAGGUGGGGCCGGAUGGCAGCCUCGGUGGAGACCAAGAUGCAUGCAAGGGAGGCCUUGGUCAACAGCUCGGACGUGUCUGCGGAGGUGGAGGCUUGGGAGGAGGUGAUGAAUGGCAUGGUUGCCACCAUGAAGACCCGGUGCCUGAAGCUCUUGGUGCGGCUUUGGCUCUGCUGCUUCCUGGGCUCUCGGAAGAUUGAGUCCUACUUCCACAAGAAGGGCUGGCUGGACGUGUUGAACACGCUGAACGGCUUCGGCCUUGGUGCCUCAGAUGUCUUCGUGAAGCUGGUCAGCAACAACGCGGAGCUCGCCAGGACGAUUGAUCGAGGCACGCUUCUCAAGCUCCUGGAUCUCAUCCACGAGCUGGGCCCGCUGGACACCUGGUUCUACUUCCUCAAGGCGGUGUGCGCUCCGUUGCAGACAGCGUUGCCCAUCAUGCAGCAGACCGUCCUCAGGUGCCUGGUCUUCGGCGGCCAGCGCACGCCGGUCGAGGAAGCGCGGGUGGCGGAGCGGAACCGGCGCGAGCUGCUGAUCUCCGUGGCGCUGGGCAGGGCGCUGGCGAUGCCGCUGGGCCAGCUGCCGCUGCACAUCGUGCCGCUGGAAAAG